AUGGCUUCCUUUGCCAUCUCCACUCCCAAAAGGAAAGCAGCGCUGACCAAGGCAUCACUGAGUGCCAGCGACCUGCUGAGCCUGUUUAAACGCCCCGAGGCAGAGACCAAUGUGGCCAUUCAUGCAGCUGAGUUGAUGGACACAACGGUAGAACUCAUUCGGCAGCUUGUUUACAGCCAGGAGAAGCGGCACGGCAACAUGUCAGGCGUCCUGAGUGGGCACCACCUCUCCACCUUGGCGGAUGUAACUGGCUGUGCUGCUCAGCUCCGGCCCAUCCAAUGCUCAGACACCUGUUUGGCUGACAAGUACAGAUCUAUAGAUGGGACGUGCAACAACAGGAAAAACCCUCUUUGGGGAGCAGCCAACACAGCUUACACCCGCUGGCUCCCUGCAGACUAUGAAGAUGGGUUCUCUGUGCCUAAAGGAUGGAAUGAAUCCAAGACCUAUAAUGGCUUCCCAUUACCUUUGGUACGCCAGGUAUCCCAUGAAAUCUUGCACACGCGGAAUGAGAACAUCUCCCUGGACAGUUCCUACACCCACAUGCUGGUGGAGUGGGGCCAGUGGAUUGAUCACGACAUGGAUCUCACACCCCAAAGUGGCAGCACCAUUUCCUUCAUGGGUGGAGCAGACUGCUCCCACUCUUGCCUCAACCGCAGCCCGUGCUUCCCCAUCCAGAUCCCAGAUGGUGACACCCGCCUGGGCAGGGGUAUGAAGUGCCUGCCCUUUAUCCGCUCCUCACCAGCUUGUGGCAGUGGCGAGUCCAGCUUUCUUCUGGGACAGUUGCAGCCUCGGGAGCAGCUGAAUAGCCUCACCUCCUUUGUGGACGGCAGCAUGAUCUAUGGCAGUGCGGCCUCCCUCGCCAGGAAGCUCCGCAAUUUCACCCAGGAGCUGGGGCUCCUGGCUGUCAACCAGGAGUUCUCCGACGGCGCCCUCCCACUCCUGCCCUUUGCUGCAAAGAAAUUCCCCAACCCUUGUGCCUUGACAAGGAACUCCUGUCUUGCCAAUGCAUCCGAUGUGCCCUGUUUUGUGGCAGGAGACUCGCGGGCGAAUGAGCAUUUAGGGAUGCAAGCUUUGCAUACGGUGUUCCUGAGGGAGAGCAACAGAAUUGCUGCCACCCUCCACCAGCUCAACCCCCAAUGGAGUGGGGAAAUUCUGUAUCAGGAGACACGUAAAAUCAUUGGUGCAUACCUCCAGAUUAUAAACUGGAGGGAUUAUGUCCCAAAGAUCCUUGGCCCAGAAGCCACCGAGGCCUUCCUGCCGCCAUACUCUGGUUACAAUGAGUCUGUUGACCCCCGUAUCUCCAAUGUCUUUGCCACAGCUGCAUUUCGCUUUGCCCACGUCACCAUCAAUCCUUUACUCUCCCGCCUGGAUGAAAACUAUGAGGAGCACCCCAGACACCCUAGCCUCUCUCUUCAUCAGUCAUUCUUCUCUCCAUGGAGGAUCGUCGAGGAAGGAGGGAUUGAUCCUAUCCUGCGGGGAGAGAUCUUCAGCUUUGCCAAGCUCCAAACACCCACUCAGAUGAUGCCAGCUGAGCUGACGGAGAAGCUCUUCCAUCCCAAACAGGCACUUUCCCUUGAUCUGGCUGCUCUGAACCUUCAAAGAGGCCGAGACCAUGGACUUCAAGGUUACAACUCCUGGAGGAGAUUCUGUGGUCUCCAAGAGGCUCACACAUUCUCUGACUUGCGACACAUCCUCAACAGCAGCUACCUGGCUCACAAACUGCUCAAGCUGUAUGGGACGCCCGAGAACAUCGAUGUCUGGAUUGGUGCUAUAGCGGAACCUCUCCUACCUAGUGCCCGAGUGGGGGAACUGCUUGCUUGCCUGCUGGGAAGGCAGCUGCAGGCCCUGCGAGAUGGAGACAGGUUCUGGUGGGAGAAAGAAGGCGUAUUCAGCCCUCGACAGAGAGACGAGCUGGCAAAGGUGACUUUGUUCGGGAUCCUCUGUGAGAACACCCACCUCCAUCUCCUACCUGCAGAUGUCUUCUCAACCAGUCACUUCCCAGAUGACUUCAUAUCCUGCAAGAGCCCCCAAAUCUCAAAUGUGGACCUGACCGCAUGGAAGGAGGACCCAACAGACACACCCUGUGGGCCAGUCCCUCUGGUUGAAGGUGCUUUCUUCGUCCACUGUAAAGCUUCUGUGUUCUUUGAGUGUCGCCCUGGCUAUGUCUUGGAGGGCCCUUCCUCUAUUACCUGCCAUGCAGAGACGAGAGAGUGGAGCACCGUGUUGCCUGUUUGCCAAGAUGUUGAUGAAUGUGAGCCCAGCCGGGUGAAUCCCUGCCCCUCCUCGCGAAUUUGUGUGAACCUACCAGGGGGCUUUGAAUGUGCCUGUGAGGGUUCCCUCACCCUGUCUCAGGAUGGCACCACCUGCAUUAGUAGGUCUGGGGUCAAGGGGCCAGGCUGUGGGUAA